UACAUAAAUUCGAACACUAGAGAGGAGUAUACAACCCCUAAAUCCCUAACCUUGGUAAACAACCCCUAAAUCCCUAACCUCACUCUCUGCCUCUACCUCUCGCUCUCAGUCUCAACCCUCGCCGGAGGUCGGAGUCGACGCGCUCGUCUUCUCAGUUCUCAGGUAGGCCUAGCAGCUCGUCUUCUCAGUCUUCUCAGUUCUCAGGUAGGCCUAGCCGCUCGUCGUCUCAGUUCUCAAGCAGUCAAGCAGGCCUCGCCAAGUCGCCGCUCGUAUUCUCAGUUCUUAGGCCUCGCUGGAGCCUGGAGUCGCCGGUCUCUGCUCCUCUUCGCCUGACUCUGUGACUGACGCCCUUAAAUCUCUGAGUCUCUGGAACUCACUACUCGCUCGCGGCUUGCCCUCAAAUCAAAACCUUUCAUUCUUUCAAAGCUAUGGUAGGGUUAUCUGUAGGAGAAAAGAACUUCAUUAAAGGUGGUAUUGCUCAAGAUUUGCGAACAGAUGGUCGGAAACGAUUAGCUUAUCGACUCAUUUAUGUUGAAAUUGGGGUCAUCCCUCAGGCAAGUGGUUCAGCAAGAGUCAAGAUGGGCGCAACUGAUGUCAUUGCCAGUGUCAAGGCUGAACUUGGAAAACCAAGUCCAUCUUACCCCGACAAGGGAAGGGUUUCUAUUUAUGUAGACUGCAGUUCCACAGCAGAGCCAACUUUUGAGGGCAGAGGGGGUGAUGAGUUGUCUGCAGAACUUUCAACAGCUCUUCAGCGGUGUCUGCUUGGUGGAAGAAGUGGGGCAGGGGCUGCAAUUGAUCUUUCAUCUCUCUCAGUUGUGCAAGGAAAAGUUUGUUGGGAUCUAUACAUAGACGGUCUUGUGGUCAGUGCAGAUGGGAAUAUACUCGAUGCCCUUGGUGCUGCAAUUAAGGCUGCCUUGAGCAAUACAUGUAUUCCCAGGGUCCAAGUAUCUGCAGAUGCUUCGUCUAAUGAACAGCCAGAAGUUGAUGUGAGUGAUGAAGAAUUUGUACAAUUUGACACUAGUAGUGUCCCAGUUAUAGUCACUUUGACAAAGGUUGGAAGGCACUGUAUUGUAGAUGCGACCUCAGAAGAGGAAUCUCAAAUGAGCUCAGCAGUGUCUAUUUCAGUUAACAGGGAAGGUCAUGUGUGCGGGUUGACUAAACGAGGUGGUGCAGGUUUAGAUCCAGCUGACAUUCUUGACAUGGUAAACAAAGCGCAGGUUGUGGGCAGUGAGUUAAUAAACGAUUUGGAUUCUAAGAUAGCUGCUGCCGAAGCGUGUGAGGAAGAGGAAUCAUGACACCAUUGUUCAUUGAUUUUAUGGGCAAUUAGACAGUCACUAACUUAAUUCAGAUCCCUCAUUUUUGUCGUUGAUUGUAUUCAAAGUGCUCUUUCAUUUUCUUUUUUGGCGAUUGGAGACUGAAUAUGUAUUGUAGGCAGAAGCUUUUCUUUAUCAUCCUUACAUGCUGUAGGUGUAACAAACCACAUUUUAGUUUUCAUUCUAUCAUAUUAAGAACUUGAAGUUU